AUGGUUGGAUUUAUGAUUUUUUCAGCCCAAAGGGCAUUUGUAAGAUGUUUUACUACAUUUUCAACAAGUUCCCUAAGACAGGGAAUGGUAUUUUUACACCAAGGUAAAUAUUGUGAAGUUGUUAGUUUUCGACAACUUAAACAAGGUCGUGGCUCAACAUCUAUACAAUUGGAGUACAUGGACCUGAUGAGUAGGAAAGUUUUCACACAGAAUUAUCCAAUAAACUCAAGAGUUGAGAAAAUUGAUUUGGAGCGCCACAACGCUUUGGUUCAAUAUGUUGACGAGGAUUCAAAGGAACUAAUCGUCUCAGAUCACAACUUUGAAGAUAAAUCCAUUAACCUCAGUCUCGUAGGUCAAGGACACCAGUUUCUCUCGCCGGGUGACGAGAUUCAAGUUUAUUAUCAUUCUGAUAACAUUGUUAAAGUCUCUCUUCCAAAUCAUAUCCUCUCAAAACUCAAAUAACACAUUUUACAACAAGUGUAACUUGAUCUAACAAAGUUCCUUAAUCUUGCAUCAAAGUCUUCACAUAAUAUUAAUUAAUAGUGAUAGGUUGAUGGGUGUGUAGUGUGGAAGGUGUCAAUAAAGAGCAAAAUGUAGAUUUUAAUGUAAUUUAAUAAAAUC